AUGCCACAAGAAGCCACCACCCCCACCCCCACCGACUCCUCCAACUCCAUCUUCGCCACCUACCACGCCCACGCCUCCUCCCCGCGCACCUCCACCGACGCCCAGCAGAUCAACAAAGGCAGCAGUCAAUAUGACGGCGCGACCGCGACCGCGACCGCGACGCUCCGUUCUGGUGGCCCGCCGCUGCUGCGCACGCGCGCGUACGAUCCGCCGGCUAGGCGCUCGUGGCAAGCUAGUGCGGGGGGAGGGGGAGAGGAGGGGGAGGUUGGUGGUGGCGGCACGCUGCGGGAUGUGGUGGCGUUUGGGGUGUACGACUAUGUGUGGAGGGGCGGCGGCGUUUGUGGUGUAUGUACAUACGUGGCCGAGGGGCAGGGGUCGAUGGUGAGCGAGCCGGAGGUGCGGUUCUACGUGGUCGAGGAAGAGGGGCAGGGGGCGACGGACGGCUUGCUGCUGGCGGCGCACAGGUGGGCGGAGCAGAGCCACGGCGACGAGGUGUGGGUGUUUGACCAGGGGCGGUGGCGCAAGGACGAGGAAUUGCUGGACGACGCGGUGCGGGAUGUCGAGCUGGACGACAUCGUGCUCGAGCCUGGGACCAAGGACGCCAUCUUGCGCGAUGUCGUCGGUUUCUUUGGGGCGCGCGAGCAGUAUGCGCGGUUCGGCACGCCGUGGAAGCGCGGGCUCAUCUUUCAUGGGCCGCCGGGGAACGGGAAGACGGUGACGGUGAAGGCGAUCAUGAAGAUGCUCAUGGCGAGGCCGGAUCCGGUGCCGACGCUGUACGUCAACGCGUUUGCGCAGCGGGGUUCGGGGCCGCAGCAGUCGGUGCGGCAGAUUUUCGUCAAGGCGAGGCGGACGGCGCCGUGUUUGCUGUUGUUUGAGGACGUGGACUCGUUGGUCAAGGACGAGGUGAGGUCGUACUUUCUCAACGAGAUUGACGGGCUUGAGAACAAUCAUGGCAUCUUGAUGAUUGGCUCGACCAACCACUUGGACAAUCUCGACCCAGGUCUUUCCAAGCGUCCUUCUCGCUUCGACCGAAAGUAUCGGUUCAGGAGCCCGUCUCUUGAGGAACGCAUCCGCUACUGCGACUGGUGGAGGGCCAAGUUUGCCGACAACCCGGACCUCGCAGUCGAUGCAGAUACUUCGAAGCGCAUUGCAGAGCUUACCGAUGGCUUCAGCUUUGCCUAUCUGAAGGAAGCUUGGGUUGCUUCUCUGCUGUCUCUGCUCUAUGCCACGUCCUCGGCGGGCACGACGGAAGCGUCGGGCAAGUUGCCGAAGAUGCUGGAGAAGCAGAUUGAAGUUUUGAAAGAAGAAAUGUCUGACGUUGGAGACAAAGACCAGGAGAAAAACAAAACAGAAACCAAGACUUGA